AAAGCUGCCUCCUGAGCCUGCGUGUGGUGUGUUGUCAGCAGUGCUGCGUCUUCACUGGUUUCACAACUGCCAACAUGCUGUCAUUCGCUCUGAAGCAACUCGCAAGGCCACUGUGCCGGCAAGCCCCUGUUCGUUUCAGUGUACGACUCCAGCAGUCCCACGCUGCCACCCGCACGGUGGACGAAGAUCGUCCCUGGACUGGUCAGGAGAGCCUGGCUGAGGAUGACCCCGAAAUGUGGGCUCUGCUGCAGAAAGAGAAGGACAGGCAGUGUCGUGGUCUAGAGCUCAUUGCAUCUGAGAAUUUCUGCAGCCGAGCAGCUCUGGAAGCUCAGGGUUCCUGUCUGAACAACAAAUACUCAGAAGGCUACCCAGGGAGACGGUACUAUGGUGGAGCAGAGGUGGUUGACCAAAUUGAGCUUUUGUGUCAGAAGCGAGCACUUGAGUCCUUUGACUUGGAUCCAGAAAAAUGGGGUGUCAACGUUCAACCAUACUCUGGUUCUCCGGCUAACUUUGCUGUCUACACUGCCGUUCUCAACCCUCAUGACCGCAUCAUGGGCCUGGAUCUCCCUGAUGGAGGACAUCUGACUCAUGGCUACAUGUCUGAUUUGAAGAGGAUUUCUGCAACAUCAAUUUAUUUUGAGUCCAUGCCCUACAAGCUAAAUCCUGCAACAGGCCUCAUAGACUACGAUCAGAUGGAGAUGACGGCCAAGCUGUUCCGGCCCAAGCUAAUCAUCGCUGGCACCAGUGCCUAUGCCCGCCUCAUUGACUAUGCCCGCAUCAAGAAGCUGUGCAGUGAUGUUAAUGCCUACCUGCUUGCUGACAUGGCUCAUAUCAGCGGCCUGGUGGCAGGCAAAGCCAUUCCUUCCCCUUUUGAACAUGCUGACCUGGUCUCAACAACCACACACAAGUCCCUCAGAGGAUCCAGGGCUGGCCUAAUCUUCUAUCGUAAAGGUGUCCGUUCAGUAGACAAGAAGGGAAAGGAAAUCAAGUAUGACCUGGAGGACAGGGUCAACUUUGCAGUCUUCCCCUCCCUGCAGGGUGGACCUCACAACCACGCUAUUGCUGGUGUAGCUGUGGCUCUGAAACAGGCACAGUCUCCCAUGUUCAAGGAGUAUAUUGCCCAGGUACUUAAGAAUGCCAAGGCCAUGGCUGCAGCUCUUCUCAGCAAAGGCUACACACUGGUAUCAGGGGGGACUGACAAUCACCUGAUCUUGGUGGACCUGAGGCCUAAGGGUAUUGAUGGGGCCCGGGCUGAGAGGGUGCUGGAGCUCGUGUCAAUCACUGCCAAUAAGAAUACCUGCCCUGGAGACAAGAGCGCCCUGACUCCCGGUGGCCUGCGACUCGGCGCUCCAGCUCUGACCUCCAGACAGUUCAAAGAAGAAGACUUUGUGCAGGUUGUUGAGUUCAUGGACGAAGGCUUCAAGAUUGCCCUGGAUGUCAAGAAAAAGACAGGAAAGCUUCAGGACUUCAAGAACUUCCUACUCCAGGACCCAGAGACGGUGGCUCGCAUCGCAGACCUGCGGCACCGUGUCGAGGCUUUUGCCAGGCCAUUCCCCAUGCCAGGGUUCCAUGACCAUUAGGCCAGUCGAUGUGGAGUCACGGGCCUGUGACGGCCAGGUGGCAGACAGAUGGCUGGGCAGAAGUGUGCACAGAGAAAAUGGAAAAAUGUCACGGUCAUGAAAUGUAGUCUGUGCCUGUGAAUUGGGAUGACAAGAGUUCACUUUUUUUCCCCAAUCAGAUCUGAAAAGAAACAUUUUUCAUACGUUUUGCUGUCAUCCAUCAGUCUAUUCCUCUGAAAUCCUAGCUUCCAGUUUCAGGUAAAUAAAAAAUUAAAUGAAGGUUGACAGACUUUUCAUAGAGCACAAAGAACCUGUUGCCUGUAGUGUGAAGAUCAUGUCAGCUGUCCUUACACCAUGCAUUUAACACACGUGUGAGGAAAAGGAACACAUCAAACCAUACAAAGACCAACAUUUAGCAUCUAACUCAGUAGUUGCUAAAAGAUACACUCAGUCUUAUUUUUGUAAAUAUUCGUAAUAAUCAUCACUUUUAUUUUUUCCAUGCUGAGAUUGAAAGUGUCACUUCCUGCUUUUGAAACCAAACACUGGUGGAGGCUUCAGGAGGUGAAGGGGGGGGGUUCUGUCAGGGAAUAAUGUGUUUAUUUUUGGAGCAGUGCUUUUUCUUUCAAAUAUGAAAAUAACUCAAAAUAUCUGAAUAUAAUUUUUUGGAAAGUAGACUUUUUAACCAUAGAAAUAACAAGCCAGUCAUGUAAGAUGGAAAAGUCCAAGCCAGAUUAUACAGGAAGUCGACUACUUCUUUCUCUUUAGAUGAAGAAUAAUUGAGUUAAACAACACUACAAUUUUUGUUUUGAUAGGUUAAAACCAUAUUUCACACAUAAUAUAAAUUAUUGUUAAUUUAUAUUGGAGGAACUGAGAAUUGUUAUGUUAACACUGUUUCUUUCAGCAUAUCAUAGAAGUCAGAUAGGAACUGGUCUGUAUUUUGAUAUGACAAAAAGUUAUGAAUAUCCACAAUGAAAAAUAGAAAUGUCACCCUAUCAUUCCUUUUUUUUCAAUCUGUUUACAGAGUGUAUACUUUUAUACAUAUUUUAUAAAAAUUAACUUUGUAAUUGUCAUAAUUUCCAAGAUAUAAAUUUUCUAUUACCAUGAGUAUUGUGUUCAUGUGGGUCAUAAAUUGGUACCAUUGUCAUCGUUACCGCAUCAGUGAGGAAAUAAGAUUAGUUUGUAAAAUGGCACAAUUUGGAAACGGGCGUUAAAUAUUAUGGAGUUUAUUGAUCUUUUUAAGUGAACCGAUCAGAUACAUUGUCCAUGUCUCCACUUUAACAACUCUUUGCCAAAAUAUACCAUUACUUUGAUGCAGUGUUGAUUAAUCUGCUGUCGCCCUUUCAUCAUCUAUGCCACACUGUCAGCGAUUGCACACUGAAACUGUUUUGAACUAACAUUAUUUAACAGAAUAUUUUUUAUUAGAAGAGUCCUAAUAAAAUUUAAUAAUGCA